AUGAAUGGUCUAGGAGCCAGGAAGGCGUUUGGCCUCGGACCGGACGAGACAUCACCCUUCCAAGACGUCGUACCUACCGGUCGCGCCAUGGCCAAAGGCUACAGACAAGAGAUCAUGAACGGAUUCGAGGCAGAGCGGCCACGAUACAACCCUAUGAACGCCGACCGUCCGCAGAGCUCGCCACUCGUCGACCUCAAGGACCCGAUCCAGGUCCAUCUACUCACCGAAACAGCACUGUCCGACAGCCGAGAAUGGGUCAUCCUGUCCCAGGAAGAGGUGGACGACCUGAAAAAGCAGUGCCAGUCCAUCACACAGCGUAUUGAACAGACCCAGGCCAACCUGGCCAUCCAGUCCAAGUACCGCGAUGCCGCCGUCUCCAUGGCAAAGCUGUACUCGCCAGGCAAGCGGAAGAGCGUUGUGAGCGACCGCAGCAGCAGCGAUGCCGAUGCGGAACGUCUAGCCUGCGAGCAGCGGUGCGAAGAACUGGCCACAGAGCUGUUCACAUUAGAAAAGCAGCUCAUGGAGCCGCAACGGCGACUCUUCCAGCACACGGCGGGCAUUCUGCAGCUGACGCACCGAGCCGCCCCGCGAAACAAGAAUGCCAACGGCCCGACACUGCCCGUCAACGGCAUACCCGGCAGCCCCGAAAGCAUGUACACGUAUUCCAACGGCCGCGAGAGCAUGGAGCUUGUUGCUGGCAGCGACAGCAUGUUCGACGACCGCAGCUUGUAUCUUCCCAUCGACCAACCAUUCGACCCAUCCGGCCGCUCCAGAAAGAACGCCAUUGAGAUCCCGCAAAAGUCGCCGAUCCGGAAAGAAGCAAAGGAGCUCCGCGAAGAGAGCGACCGCCUGAGGGACACCAACGCUCGACUGCAGGUUGAGUGCGACCAACUGCGUGCUGCGAGCGAUUCGGUUGGGCUUGAGCUGGCUGCAUUACAGAGAGAAAGCGGCGAGCGGCUCCAGUCGAUGGCCGACGCCGAGCGGCAAAUCGAAGACUUGAACGGCCGCCUCCGCGAGAUCAUUGUCCGGUUUAACCCGAAAAAGAACGGCGGUUACGAAGGCCCUCCGGCCGGCACUGGCAACGAGCCAGGAGACGGACUCGUCUCUCAAAUUCAGUACCUCGCCGAGGGCCUUGGCGUGGCACAGCAAGAGCAGGAGCUGAGUGCGUCUGCGACGGCCAGACAAGCCGACUUGGGCGGCGCACUGGCACAAUUCGAAGGCCGUUUGGCAGCCGUCAAUGGCCAGCUGCAGCGCAUCGUCUCGUCGGCUGCUGCUUCUCUAGAGCCGGUUCCGUCCGUGUCUGGAAGCAGCUCUAGUGCGGGCCUGGGCAGCCAGCUCAACUGGCUGGAGGAUGUCCUGCCCACGAUCGAAAAGGAAGUCGACCGCGCGGCAGAGGCGACCAAUGCAUCCGCUUCGAGCCAGCAAGCAGCUGAGCAAGCAGACACGGUUCUCGCGGGCCUCUGGGACAUAAUGCAGUCUGGCUUCGCCGAGCAGCAGCGGAAGCGCGAGGAGCGCAAGGCAUCCAGAGCAUCCAUGGGCCUCGGCGCCGACGAGGAGGACGAUUCAGGCGACGAGUCGCCCAUGAGCCCCAGCGAGACGUACUCGCUGCAGGCCUUCUCCGCCAAGGUGCAGUGGCUGUACUCGCAGACAACAAAGCUGCGCGAGCACAAGUCGGUCCUCAAGCGGCAGAUUAAGCAGCAGCGCGAGCUCAACAACAAGUCGGACGCGGAGAAGGAUGAGGAGCUCCAGAAAACGAUGGCCGAGCUGCAGACGACGGCCGCUGCCCUGCAGAACAAGACAGUCGAGCUGCAGCAGACACAGCGGGCGGCCGAGGAGGCACAGGACCAGCUGGCACGGACACUCCUAGACCUGAGCGAGGCCCAGGAGGUAAUUGCAAAGAAGGACGCCGAGGUGUCCUCGGCCAGCCGGUCGAUCGAGCAGCAGUUGUCGGAGCGCACAAACAAGCUCUCUGCCCUCGAAAAGCAGAGCGCGCAGAUGCAGGCGGCCGUGGCGACGGCCGAAGCCAACGUGGCCAGCCUGACCGCCCAGCUCAAGGAGGCAUCUGAGGCACGCGAUGCGGCAGCCGCCAACGCCGCGCAGGCGGCCAAGGAUGUGCAGGACCGGGACGCCGAGCUCGAGAACCUCAACGCCAUGGUAGUGGAGCUCAAGACGGAAGCCACGAUUGCCAAGGCAGAGCUCGAGGGCGCGUACGGCUCACGGACACAACGCGCCAAGGACGUGGCGGCCUACUCCAAGUCGGCCGAGAACGAGGAGCUGCAGACGCAGCUUGACAAGAUGAAGAAGGAGCUCACGAGCACGCUCAAGGAGUACGAGGACCUGACCAAGGAUACGAUCGCCGCGGAGCGCGAAAAGCUCGAUCUGGAGGCCCAACUCGACGAUGCCCUCGCCGCGAAGGCCGCGCUCGACGCCGAGGCCCGCGCCACGCGCGAGAAGCUCGAGGCAACCGUGGCCGCUCUCAAGGAAGAGCUGGAUGCGGAGAAGCUCAAAGUGGGACCCGCGUCAGGCGGCGGUCCAUCGCGCGCCGGUGCCAGCAUGCUGAGCGAGCAGUUCCGGGCGACGAUGAAGGAGGAGCGCAAGAAGUUCCAGGAGGAACUGAGAAACGAACAAACACAGAGACGGAAGCUCGAGGACGAGGUGCGCGCAUUGAAGCGGGCUGCAGGGCCUGGCAAGAGCCCAUUGAGUCCACGAUAA